CCGCCCUCCGCUGCGUCUUCUAAAUACGUCCUUCCGGCUGUUUCUUCCUUUCUCUUUUUCGCCGCCAUCCUGCUGUGUGCUGCGCGCUGUUAAUUGACCAUGUCUUCUCACAAGACUUUCAGGAUCAAGCGAUUCCUGGCCAAGAAACAAAAGCAGAAUCGUCCCAUUCCCCAGUGGAUUCGGAUGAAAACUGGUAAUAAAAUCAGGUACAACUCCAAGAGGAGGCACUGGAGGAGAACCAAGCUGGGUCUCUAAGGUGUCCCACAUCACGCGAUGACACACCUAAUUGGCACCACGUAUUUAAUUAAGCUACUUGAGGAUCAUGUGUUCUAUUCCAUCACCCUGUAAACACCUUUCUGCCUGGCCAAUAGAUACCAUUUAUCAGCGAAAGAUUUUUCUGUUACUAUAGCUCUGCACCAGCGAGUUGGUUUGGUAAUAAACGUGAGGCCUUUGAGCUGUA